UUAUUUUAUAAUGGCAAUAGCUUACGUAACGUCAAUUUUGCAGUUGUCAAUCGAACCAGCUGAUAGCUAUUUUGUAUUUUAUCAUCCUCCACUAUUUAUGUAAUUUUAAAGCAAUUUGGUAUUUCCUAACAGAGAUGCUUCGAAAAGCGGUGUUUGGGUCGAGCUUGGCGGCCGUAGUCCCUGUUAUCAACGCAGCGACUCCUUUGAAGGAUGUGGCAAGUGGUCCUUCCAAACCUCCACCAAUGAAACCCUCAGAAUUACCCAUAUAUGAAGCUCCACAUGCUGAAUAUGUUGAGUAUCAACAAGCCAAAGAGAAGGAAGAAAAGCCUGGAUUUGUAAGACAAGCUUUGCAAGCACCAGUGAGAGCUGUUCGUGAAUCAAUCCAGACAGUGCUGGCGCAAACCGAGUCCGUCAAGAAUACAGUGUCAGACAACUACCAUCAAGUGCAGGACAAAACUGACUGGAUUGUAAAGUAUUUACGUGAGGAAGAGAACAAGGAUGUUCGGUAUGGUGCUGUUGUCAUGGGAGGUCUCACUGGAUUAAUUUUUGGUCUUAGAGGUGGCUUCAUCAGGAGGGUGAUAUACACAGGAGUGGGAACUACCACAAUGGGCUUGGUGUGCUUCCCGGAGGACACAAAAGAAAUUGUCAAGAGCAAUGGUGUAUUAGCAAAGCAAUACAUUAACAUUGCUUACAAUUUCCUGUAUGGAGUGAAGCCCGGCGACCCUCAGCUGGAGGUGAAUUUCCCCGACCUGUCGAUACCAAAAGACUUCUCGGAGCUUGUUGACCUGACAGUAUCUGUCGCGUCCACCGUCAAACAGGCCGUGAUGCCCCCGCCGGCGAAGGAGGCAAGCGACUCUAAACCUUCAGAUAAAAAGGAUUAGGUCCUAUUUUGAGAUCAUUUAAAGACGACGUAGAUGAUAUAUCCGUUGAAAAUCCAGUAAGUAAGAUAUGCUAAAUAUAACCAGACACAACAGAUGAAAUUGCAACUCCCAAGUGAAAAACACCUUAUAGGUCAAGCACAAAGAAUUAAGUAGAAAUUGAGGAAAGCUUUAUAAUAUUCUUACGAAUUUUAUUUAUUGUUAAGUAUUUUUUAUUUUUUUUUCAGUGUACAAAUACAUAAUGGAUUUGUCCAGUUAGUGAAUGAUGUUUAUUUAUUGUUACUAGUCUUCUACAGUGUAAAUUAACGACGACAAUGAAAAUAAAAUUAAUAUUUUUCUA